AUGGCCGCCAAUAUCAUACCCCUCGUCAUCCUCCUCCUCGUCGUAGCCAUUGGAGGCUUCAUCGCAUACCAAGUCUACGUCUGGACAAAUGAAAUGAAGGAUCGCGCAAGCAAACACAUGGAGAAGAAGAACCUAAGCUUCACCAAGGACGGUGGACUCAAGGUCGGCGUCAAGCAAGUGGACGACGAGAGCUACACGGACAAGACGCAGAACGUGUUAGUGAAUGUGUGGAACCAAGCGGAACUGCCGAACUACAAAUCGCGACUAGGAUGGAACAGCACGCAGGCCGGGUCUAAGAAACCUGCGGCGACGGGUAGCAAUUUGUCUGUGCCUACGAGUGUUUCGCGGUCGAGCUCGCAAUCUUCGAGAACGGGACGACCGGAUGAGGCGAGGUCUUCAUCAGCGAGCCUUGCGCCGCCGGAGCCGAGGGGCAGUCAGCGAAGAAGCGCGAGUCCAGUCCCUGGCGGCUGGGAGUAG